AUGUCCCUCGACUCCACGGAUAUUGAGAUUGCUCCCAACGGCGGUGCUGCCGUGGAGCCGGCACGACGCGUGCAUGAGGCCCAGAAGACGAUGUGGCAGUCUCUGCGGAACAACCCCAAGGUCCUCUUCAUUGCCUUUUUUGCAUCAUUGGGUGGUUUCGAAUAUGGUUACCAGCAGGGUGUCCUCGGCCAGUCACUGGUCAUGACCCGUUUCAAAGAAAACUUCCCUGCCGUUGUCGACUCGUCUUCGGCCACCGGCUGGCUGACAUCAGUCCUCCAGCUGGGAGGCAUCGUCGGUUCCCUGUCGGCCGGUGUCCUGGGCGAGAUCAUCUCCCGCAAGUACACCAUGUUCAUCGCCUGUAUCUGGGUCAUCCUGGGUAGCUACCUCUACGUCGGUGCCCACGAGGGCGCCUCUUCGCUCCUGUACGCCGGCAGAUUCUUCACCGGUCUCGGUGUCGGCCUCUUCAGCGGUGUCGGCCCUCUUUACAACGCUGAGCUGUCUGCACCCGAGAUGCGAGGCCUGUUGGUGUCCUUUUACCAGUUCGCCACGAUCCUCGGCAUCAUGCUUUCUUUCUGGGUCGGAUACUGCAGCAACUUCAUUGGCGGAACCGGCGAGGGCCAGACGGACCUCGCUUGGAGACUGCCUUCCAUCAUCCAGGGAAUCCCUGCCGUUGCCCUCGCCAUUGGCAUCUGGUUCAUGCCCUUCUCGCCCAGAUGGCUUGUCAAGGUUGGCCGCGACGAGGAGGCCAAGAAGACCAUGGCCUGGAUGCGAAAGCUGCCCGUCGACGACGAACUUGUCCAAAUCGAGUACCUUGAGAUCAAGGCCGAGAGCGUCUUCGAGAAGCGAGUCUUUGAGCGCGACCUGCCCAAGCUCGCGAGCAAGAAGAGCAAUGCCUUUGUCGAGCAGUUUGCGCAAUACGCCAUGUGCCUCAACUCCAAGGACAACAUCAAGCGAGUCUUGACUGGUUUCUUCAUCAUGUUCUUCCAGCAGUGGAGUGGAAUCGACGCCAUCAUUUACUAUGCAACCAACAUCUUCAUCACUCUGGGUUUGACUGGAGGCACCACUGCUCUCUUGGCAACCGGUGUGACCGGAGUCGUCUUCAUCGUCAGCACUGUGCCCGCCAUGUUGAUCAUUGACAAGGUCGGACGAAAGCCCAUGCUGCUUGUCGGCUCCAUUGUCAUGGCCGUCAGCAUGGUCAUUGUUGGCAUCAUUGUUGCCAAGUUCCGCCACGACUGGCCUCACCACGCCGCUGCUGGUUGGGUAGCAGUUGCUCUUAUCUGGGUCUACAUUGCUGGUUUCGGAGCGACCUGGGGCCCCGUCUCUUGGACUCUCGUCUCUGAAAUCUUCCCCCUCUCCAUCCGAGCCAAGGGCGCCUCCAUCGGUGCCAUGAGCAACUGGCUCAACAACUUCGCCAUUGCCUUCUUCGUCCCCCCCAUGCUUGACGCUUGGGCCUGGGGAACCUACAUCUUCUUCGCCGGUUUCCUCGUCGUGGGCAUCUUUGCCGUCUGGUUCUUCCUCCCCGAGACCAAGAACGCCACGCUCGAGGACAUGGACCGAGUGUUCAAGAGCCGCACUGGCGAGAUUGACGCCCGGCUGAUGAGAGAGGUGCAGGAGGAGGUUGGCCUGGUUGCUCUCGUCGAGGCUCGCUCGGCGGCUCAGUACGAGAAGAGAGAUAUCCACGAGUCGCAGAUUGAGAAGCUGUGA